GUAUACGACCCUGGCCAGCCAUGGCGGCUGCAGCGUCAUCCUCAUCCGCUGCUGCUGCUGCUGUAGCCGACUUGCCUCAGCCACAGGUGAACGAAGGACGCACACACGCACACACAGAGAUAUCAUUUGCCACAUGCAUCGCGGUGGCUUUUUGCUCUCUUCAUUGGUUUGUUUCAUCCAUCAGGCAAUGUCCUCGUCGAGCCAUGGCCGCCCCACCAGGCCUCAACAACUGCUACCCUUUUUGAUCAGCGAAGUGGCCCGCUCGGUGGCCAUCAUAGGCGCACUCCUCGCACAAAUCGCCAGCGGCCCCCUCACCCAGCAGCAGAAGCUGCUGCACCAUAGCAAGGAGACCAUCGAGAGCACUCUGCUGCAGCGCGUCAAGAAGCACAUAGAAGCACAUAGAAGCACAUAGAAGCCCAGCUCGCCGCCAAGGGCCUCAAAGACAUCAUCACCCUCUCCCCUGACCUGACAUCGCUCGACGUGCUGCUGCGGCUGGCGUACUUCAUCGACAACAGCGGCGAGUGGUCGGCGACGGUGCCGAUCAUCAGAGUGGCCAAGCAUCAGGGGCGGGUAAAGCGGUUGCCCAUAGAGCUGGUCAGCGCUGAUGUGGAGGGGGUCGGCAGCCGGGCGGUGUACGACAGCCGGUGUGAGGCGCUACGCCAGAUCUCACUCAUCGGCCGCCAGAUCGGGCCAUUGGUGCGGCGCGUCAAUGGCGCGGAGCUGCUGGGUGGGCGUCCGCUGACCAUCCGCACCCGGCAGACGCUGCCGGCCGACCACCCCUUCCGCGAUAGAUACGACGAGGCCAACCCCGUGUGUCAGGAAGACGGUGAGGGCGGGAGGGAUAGCAAUAGGAGGGGGACCAUUGGGCUGUGUGUGUGUAGGUGAAGAGUUUGCUUCAAUUCGCGACAUUGUGUUGUAUCGGUGAGAGAGAUGAGCAGAAUGACACACACGAACACUUAUACGCAUUGGCUGCACCGCUCUGCCAUGGUGUGUCUGAUCGGUCAGGAUGGAUCAUGGAGGGUGGGAGGUCGCGAACAAGAUGGUCUACCAGUUCGACGAUCCCCAACGCUGCGAGCGACUGGUCAGUCACACAACCACACACACACGAAGCACUUCACCAGCCGCCCCACUCCCUCAUUGUCAUAUCUCACUCUCUCUUCAGCGGGUCCUCGCCUCUCAGCCGCCGCCCAUCUGGGACUGCCGCAGCACCAGCACCAGCACCAGCAGCCGCUGGGUAGCAAGAAGCUUCUACCGAAUGAUACUGCUGCACGGCGACCAGCCCGACCACACCUUCGAGGCGCACGUCAUCAUCUGCAGCUCCGACGCCGACGCCCCAGCCGACGUCUCCCUCCACACGACGGAGCGGCCGGUGGAUGGCAAGGAGGGUGCGGCGGCGCUCCCCGAGACAGUGAGGGUGGUGCGUGAUGUGAUGGGAGCCGACGCACAAGUGGCGUUCGGCAACUGGCUGGACGUAGCCCUCCCCCCAGCUGCUGGUGCUGGUGCUGGUGAUCAGGGUGGCGAGCAGACCUCAGGCAAGCACCUGAAGGGGCGGCACGCGGACGAGCUAUGAAUGGAUCAGUGUGUGUGACUGUCUGUGGGUGCUGCUGCCGCCUCUUCGUCAUCUGCUGCAGGUUCGGCGAUGGGCUACCCUUCGCAACACACUGGUACAUACACACAUCUACACAACACGCGGCACACAAGUGCACCAUGGUCGUUCGCCUCCUUGUCCAACACUACAGGCGGUGAUUUGAUGGACAUAGACAGCGGUGGCGGCCCGGCAUUCUCUGCAGGUCUAACAGGGCGCACCUGAUUGACAGCUUCCGUGUGUUAUGCCUUGUGUGUCCUGGCUGUGUGACUUAGGUUGGCAGGGCGGCGGGGCGGGUGGCGGCGGUAGCUCCCGUGAUCUCCUGCAAAAGAUACGUUCGAUGCGUUCGGUGAGAGGAAGAGAAGAGGGCUCAACACAUGCAGCAUUAGAGAUGUGAAUGGGUUGGUUUUGGCUUGCAGGUCGCCUCGCAGUUGGUGUCUGAUCUUGACGGGGCAGAGCGCAUGAUAGCCUCACAAGCUGACAGCACACUGGUCCGCACGAAACACAACAUAGCCGAGCAGCAGCACUCUCUUGCCAUUCGUGUGUUCGUCUUUUGCCUGCAGGAUGGUGCGUCGGCCGGCAGCCUCUCUGCCCUCCUGGAGACCCUCACCAAGCAGCUGGCAGAGAUCGCUGACCACGACCCACAGGCAAGGCUGCAAUGUCAUAUCACUAACACACACAGGCCGACACACAAACUCAGGUGGACCAUUCAUUUUAUGUGUUCAGGUGCCUAUUAGUGUCCCUUUGGUGUCUGCUGGCGUGUCGUCAUCUUCUGCCGCCCCCGCUGCGGCCGCCUCAGCUGGUGGUGGUGGUGGUGGUGCUGAUGGCAAUCGUGGCGGGAAGCGCAAGGCGGCCGCAUCAUCGGCAUCGACUUGCCUCGAUGGCGGAGAGGGUGACAUGGCGGCCGACGACAGACGGGCGGUGAGGCGGCGUCGCAAGCAGACGGCGGAGGGCGCAGAUGGCGGCAGCGUGAUGGGGGAGCAAUAGCUGAUACCACACACACGGACUGACUGACUGAUUGGGGGAGGGAGGGGCUGACUGAGUGACCGAGUGAGCUGACGGACGGACGGACGGACAGAGAGCUGAUAGACAAG